GUUCGACUCGUUGUGAUCUUUGAGCAUUCGAACACAUAAUCGCUGUAUAUGGCCCUUGUGCCAGCAAAGAAAACACCUGUUGGCAACAUUAGGUGGAAUGGUAACACAAUUUCAAGUAAUUGCAAAAGACUCCGCACUACACGCCGUCCGACAAACAAUUCAAGAAAAGCACCAGUACCGAAAUUUAUUCAAAUUUAUGUCCUCAAUGGUUGGCGCCAUUGAAGAAGAAACCUAUUCAAGUGUAUCCGAGCCAUUCAGGUGUAGGCAAUCAAUGUCAAUACAACAUGUGACGUCACAAUAAGGGGUCACUACAACAUUCAUUCUAUCUAGGUUGCCGGGACUAAACGGAGGUAUUAUUCCGAAGGUAUCCAUUGAUGAAGUGAAGCGUGCACUUAUCUCUUAUCCAAGGAACGAGUUCAUCCCGAAGCCUCCGUCCUCAGCAAGAAUUCACCACAGAGAGAAUUUGAUGAGAACGAACACUAUAUUCAAGCCAACACAAAUUCCCGCCAAUUUUCAAGUUGGAUCAACUCGUCGCUUAAUUAUACAGAGCAAGUAGUUCUUACCAGUUUAAGGAAACUCACGUAAUAUUCACUGUUUCGCAAAGAUUACACGGUAGUAAUUACGGGGAUGGCGAAAAAGUCGAGAACGGACGGAGCGGAACACAUCGUUCGCAUGAGCUCCAAAGAAGUGUCUGUGACUCGAGAUGGGAAAGAAAGGAAGGCCUGUGGUUGUUGCAGCAAGAGAUACGUAGGGCUUCCAGUUAUUGGUGCAGCGCUGUUUGCCGUGGGGGCUUUGCUAGGCGUCGGUUACUUCAGCGUACGGAGUGUGACGGCGUCUAUUUCUCUUACGGAGAACAGUGUCCCGUCUUGCGUAACUGGAGGGCUGCUGGUGCUAAAUGGAAUCAACACCAUGAUCUUAUUCAAGAGGCGCCCAAGGUGCCUGAUAAUCUCUUCGAUCAUCUUGACUGUUGUUGGCGCGCUGUUUUGCUUCGCUGGCGCCAUGCACACCCUCAGCACAGUGAGCCCCAUGAUUUCCAGCUUUGACCGCUGUCAGUAUUUCACCACAGAGACCACCUGCAAGUGCUUUCACCGCAGCGAGCUCAGGCAGGUCUCGUACAUCUUCCGUGGUGCCAAGAACUGCAAGGUGAUUCAGUACACCCUAUCCAACAUGGUCUAUGGCAUUAGCGGCAUAUAUGGCGCCGGGCUGGCCGUGUGUCUGAUCGCAGCGGUAAUGGAGAGCAGGUUACUGUGCCCGAAACGACGAUCAAAGCUUGCAUUCUCGCGUUCAGAUGGCGAUGGUAAGUGCAUGGUGUCAUCACGGCAGUCCCAGACAUCCCAGACAAACCUAACACUCAGCUGCUCGGAGGCGGAGCUUGUCUCGGCCACUUGCUCCGACGAGUCGCAUUCUGCGCCCACUAGUGGAUCCUCCAGCCAACGCCCAUCACGCCAGGAGGGCCAGUCAUCGACAUAUACGGUACAUGAGAUGCCUUGCCAACACUAUGUGAGCAUCCCAAGAAGAGACUUCUGCAUGAACUUUGAGUCGUCAAAUACAAGACAUGACCCCCCGCCACCUUACACUGAAUGAACACGUGCUCGAAAACCAAGCGGUUUUUGUGACACUGCCUAAAGAUAUCAACCACAAGUGUAGGUGGAAUCACUGAGCAUAAAAUAAAAGGUGGUUACCUAGGACAAUAGACCUUACCCAAAGAUAAACAACACCAGGGAACAACUAAACUUCAAGAAGUCGCCGCUUGGAGUCUAAGAGUCCACAAGAAUCAAUGGUCAAGUAUGGAUGGAUAUGUUGGCAAGGAGGUGGAAGGAUAACCAUGUCCUGAUGCAACUCUUACAUUAAAUUAUUCAUGAUUCAAAUACUACUUGAGGGGUUAAGUGUGGGUAUGGGCGUGCUUUCAGAAUAGUUAUAAGAUAAUACUGCAGGUAUGCAAUCAUGAUUGUGCAGUGUAGAAAAUCAUAUUGCUUUAUGCACCAUACAAGCUGAUUAUUUGUUGAAGUAUAAAGGCACAUAACAUAGUUUUGGAUGACACCUUCAAAUAUCAUAUCUGAAACAUCUUAUAUGUUAUCCAUAUUAACAAUGUUUUUUCCACCAAAAGCAUUUAGACAACCUAGAAAAUUAUUGGUGUCUUUAGUUAGACUUCCUGUUCAAUGACUGACUUGGAUUUUUAGCAUCCAAUUGAAAAUGUACAAACAAGAGGAUUAGUAUCUUGUAAUAAAAUUAGUGAUAUUAAGAUCAGUUAUAAUGUAUAUAUGUAUAAAGAUCAUGUAAAUAAAAUGAAAGAAAAACUA